GUAGUUGGCAUUCCCUUAUGCCAAGCUGUACACAUUGCCUUUGAACUCGCACAGUCAGUAGAUCAAAAUUUUAUAUUCCUUCUCGAAAUCUGUAGGAUUUAGGAUAGCUUACUUCUGAGGCUCAGUGUCUUACUCGAAAUUAUAACGCUAGCUCAGAAGCCAUGGAGGAGGAUCUAGAGUUUCUCAUCAACGCCUUGUCGGUGCCCAACACCCCUCUGACCGAGCCCUACGAUGAGGGGCAGUUGCAGGAGAUGCGUGAGUCCUUCAAGACGGUGCAGAAGCUCAUUCGCAGCCGGCCAGCAGAGGUGGCGGAGAGCCUUCGCCAAAUGCCGCGGUCCAAGGCCGGUGGGGACACAGGCAGGGUCAAGGACCGAAGUCUCAACUCGAUGCUUGCCCUGAUGGACAGUGAUUGUAGUAGAAGCUCCCCGACCUGGAAAUCGGCAGAAAGUGGAGCCCUCACAUCGCCGAUCAUCUCGGAAUGCGGCCUGAGAGGAAUGGAGAUCAUGGGGCGAUACGACAAUAAUUCGGCCAGCAGUCAGACGGAGUCGGACGAGGAGUCGGAUGGUGCUCUGGUGCCCUACGAGGAGCUAACCACGGACAAAAGUGCCUCGGAAACCACUCUUACUGACUAUCCUCUCACUGAUGAGCCUCUCACUGAUACUCUAUCUUCUACGAUAUCCUUUAGCAUUCCCAUGAAACUGGUGUGGAGCAACAGCGACUACUCCUCACAGACCACAGACAGCGAGACCACUAUCAAGGCCGACGGGCACAGGUUCUCACUUACAAACUAAGAGGUUCUUUC